AUGUCGGCACCGUACGAGAUUCGCACCAACGACAAUGGCAAGACUAAGAAGCAGUCCAUGGCGGAGUUGAAGCUGCGACGGCUCACAGAGCUCAAUCAGAGACUCCAAGAGGACCUCAACCGCCGAAGAAUACCAGUGUCAGAAGCUGCUAUGGAGUAUGUUUGCUUCUUCUCCCGCUGCCACUGGCCAUUGCGCUCGUGAAACAUGCGCUGACUAUUUUCACCUAGCUUGAUCGCUUUCACAGAUAAGGAACCAAAGGUAUCUUCGUGCCGCCGGAAAACCACGCCAAGCUCCCAUGGCGAGCGUACAUUGCCAUACUAAUGACCAUUUGCUAAUAGGACUUCAUGGUACCGAGCCGCUGGGGAACCAUCGAUAAGCGCGAGGACCCAUAUGCGCCGCAGCAAUCGAACGGAUGCUGCUCGGUCAUGUAG